AUGGAAAAUAAUAAUAUAUUAGAAGAACCUGAAGGUGUGAAUUUAUAUAAUGGAAAGAUAAAAAAUAUGAGUAACGAAAAUACAGUUAAUUAUAUGGUUCGUGAGAAUAAUUAUUUUGAAGGCACGAGGGUGCAAAUAAAAAAAAAGAAUCUUUUGGAAAGGUCAUCUAAAUUAUGUACAGUAGAAAAUAGAAUUAGAAAUGUUAGAAAUAUACCAAACGAAGAAAAGUUGCUUGUCCAAGGAAAUAGUUCUGACACAUUUGUGGAUUCAUCUAUAGGGUUUAAGCAUAUGUAUAUAAAUAAUGUUCAAUCAGGGUGUUUUGAAAAAAGAGAAGUAAAUCAUUUAGAUAUCAAUCAAAAUAAUGGUAAUAAUGAUAAUAAAGAAAAGAAUAUGAAUAUAGUUGAUAAUAAUAAUAAUAAUAAUAAUAAUAAUUGUUAUACUUAUAGAAAUAGUGAUAUAUAUAAAAAUGACUAUAAUAUUUGUAACCAAAUAAAUAACACUAGUAAUAUGAAUGAUGAGUGUGUAAUGAAUGUAAAUGAGAAAUAUGAAAGGAGUUAUUCCCUGUCAGAUGAUAAUAAUAAUAAUAUUAAUAAUAAUUGUAAAAUUUAUAAUGAUCAUCAUCUUAACAUAAACAAUCAAAAUUAUUAUAAUAAAAAUAUGAAUUGUUUUAAUAAUAAUAAUUCGAACUCUCUUGGAAUAUUGAAUGAAAAUAAAAAUUUCAUGUACACGCAAGAUAUGAAUAUUUCCCAAGAGAAGAAUGAGUGUGUGCUGAAUGGAGGUAAUAAAAAAGAAGUUGAUUUUUAUUUAAAUGAAGAAGAGCAAGAUAACAUGAUUAAUCAAAUUAUGAGUUAUGAGCAUUUCACAGGUGACAACAACAGCAAUAAUAAUAAUAGUAAUAAUAAUAAUAAUAAUAAUAAUAAUAAUAAUAAUAGUAAUAAUAAUAAUAGUAAUAAUAAUAAUAAUAAUAAUAAUAAUAAUAAUAAUAAUAAUGUUAGAAAUAUUUGUAUUCAUAAAAAUGAAGAUGAUUGUAAUAAUUUCAUUUCUGUUGAGAAUAAUAAUAUGGGACAAGCUAAUGGGAAAAUAUCACCUUCCUUGGAUAAUAAAAUGUAUGCAUUUAAAGAUACCGUUGAGUAUGAUAAGGAUAUGAAGAAAAGUAUGAACCCUCAUUGUGUUAUAAAUAAAGAAAAUGAUAUUAUUGGAAGUCUUAAAAAAAAACUAGAGGAUCAAAAUGUUAUAGAUGAAGAAAAAAAUAUAAAUAAUUCAACGAAUUGUUGUAUUACAUCAGAUAAUACAUGGAAUAAUGAUUAUGAAAUGAAACUAGUUAAUAAUAAGUUGAACGAUAUGAAUGAUAGUUCCUUCUUGUCAAAGAAUUUAAAAGAGAACUUAAAAUAUUCAUUUAAUAAUUUUAACAAUUUUAAUGAUAUGUGUAUAAAUGAUAUUUCAAAGAAUGUUGAAAGAGACAUAUUUAUGAAUUCCCAUCAUAGUAAUAAUUUACAGAGUAAAAAUGGAUCACCUGAUAAUAAAAAUAAAAGUAAUGAUGAAGAUAACACAUAUGAAAAAAAAAAAAAUAAUAAUAAUAAUAAUAAUAAUAAUAAUAAUGAGAAGAAGAAGGAUGUUUUUAAUAAUAAUGAAGAAGAACACAUGGAAGAUAGGAUUAUUCUCUCGAAAGAUAAUAAUAAUAAUACAAAUGGUAGCAGUAAUAAUCAUACAAAUAAUAGUGUUGUUAGUAAUAUGAGCAGUAGUGAUGAAGUGAAAAAUCGUCAUGUGGAAAGUUCCAAUAUUUUUAAGAAUAUCUCCUCCAAUUCAAAUUGUAAAGAUGAAAAAUAUAUACACAUGCUUAUGAAGAAUUUUAAUAUUUAUUCAAAUGAUUUGUUAAAUUUUGAUUAUAAAAUAAAUAAUAAUGAAGAAGGUAAUAAAAAUAAAUAUGACAACUUAAAUAAUCUAAUAUUUAAUUCUUAUUAUGAUAAUGAUUUAACAUUAAAUGUGAAUGAUAUGAAUCAAAGUUAUAACAACAAUUUAUGUAAUAAUUUCAAUGUUGAUAGAAAAAAUAUGAAUGAUAAUGUGUAUUAUAAUGUAGCACCAUUUUGUCCUCAAACUACACAAGGAGAAAAUGAUGAUAAAUAUAAAAGUACUAAUAAUUUUGUAAAUGAAAUGAUGAUGGAUAAUAAGAAUAAGGAUAUAACACAUAUACAUAAUAAUUAUGAUAUAGGAAAAAAAGAUGAAUAUAAUAAACACUUUGAUGAUGAACAAAAUAACAAAGAUAGCUCAUAUAAAAUAACAAAAAUAGAAGAAAAUCAAGUUGAGAAAAUAAAAAAUAAAGAGAACUAUUCAAAGAAUGUGAAGAAUCUUACUUGUAUUUAUAAUGAACUUUUAAAAAAUGAAAACAUUGAAGAGAUGAUUAAUCAUCAUGUUCAUGAAGAAGAUGAUAAAUUUAAAAAAGAUAAUAAGGACAAAUAUAAUGGUGUGAAUAAUUAUAAUUAUAUUUAUACUAAAGAAAAACAUAAUGGUUUUAAAAAAGAGGAACAUGAAGGUUAUAAUAAUAAUUAUAUUGAUAAUGAUUAUAAUGAUCAUAGUGAUAAUAUGGAAAGUAAUAAUAAUAAUAAUAAUAAUAAUAAAAAAAACGAAAUUAAUAAUGAUUGUACAAUAAAUUAUAGUAAUAGUGGAACAACAAACGCUAGCUGUAAUAAUAUUGUUGAUGGUAGUAAUAAUGAAAAUAUGCGUAAUAAUAGUAAUAUAGUUCAUAUGUUAAUAGAAGAGAAUUCCUUUUUUAAAGAUAAUGCAUUAAGUCAAAAAAGUAUAGAAAAUGAUAAUAAAAUAAAGAAUUAUGAUUCGAAUGAACAUUUGAUAGAUGAUAAUUUUAAUUUAUUUUUAAAUAAUGAAGAUGUCGAUUAUAAAAAAUUCUUUACAACAAAUAAAAAUAUAAAUAAUAAUGAAAAGAAAUGUUCUGAUGAAAAUAAUUAUUCCAAUGAAAAGGAUAUUUUUAAUUCCUUGGAAUAUGAAAAAUAUAAUAAUAAAAAUGAAAUAUAUAAUUUAAAGCAAGACGAUGUAAGUACUAUCACAAGUAGUGAUAAUAUGUCGAUGUUUUUUGGUAGUAAUUCAUUUAGUGGUAAUAAUGAUUCUUUUAUGAAAUAUAUAAAAGGUUUCCUUGAAAAUAAUUAUAUAAAUGAUCAAAAAAAUUAUUUGAAUUUAUUUUAUAAAGGUAAGAAAGAAAAUAAUAUGAACAUUCCUAUGGAUGAUAUAUCGUCAAUGAGUGACGAGAAUUAUGUUAACAUUUUGAUGAACGACAUAUUUAAAAGUAAUAAGUACGAAAAUGAAAAUGAAAAAAAAAAUGAAAAACAAAAACAACAUGAAAAACAAAAACAAAAAUAUCAUAAUGAAAAUUUAACAAAUAAUGCAAAGCUCAAUAUGAAUGUUCAUAUGAAUAAUAUUCAAAGUACUAAAGAUGAAAUAAGUAAUAAACGAAACAUCAAAAGCGACCUAAAUAAUAACAAUAAUAAUAACAAUAAUAAUAAUAAUAAUAUUUUUUGUGAUAAUAAGGGAGAACAAUUUGAUACUCUUCAUAAUUUAAAUCAUUUUAACACUAAAUCUAAUAGUACCAUCCUAAAUUUAGACAAUUUAAAUAUUUUUUUAAAAAAAAAUGACAACCCUAUGGAUUAUUAUAAAGUUUAUAAUUCUUUUCAUGAUAUAAAGAAAAAUGAACAUGUACUCAAUACAGAUAUAGAGAAUAAUGAAUACAAUGGUAAAAACUUUAUAUAUGAUGAUAUUAAUAAAUCUACUAUUUUUAAUAUGCCCAAAAUUAGAAAUGAUAAUGCUACUAAUAUUAUUAAUGCUUAUUAUAAUAAUGUAAAAAAAGAGGAAGUUACAAAUACAAGCACUUUGAAUUCUUCGAAUGCUCUCAAAUUCAAACAUGAUCAUAAUCAUUAUAUUAAUAUGACGAAUGAUAAUAAGUCUCCUGUAUUAUAUGAAAAUAAUAAUAUUGAAAAUGUUAGUGAUGAUGAUAAAAAUAAAAGAAAAAUAAUAUUGAACACAUUUGAAGAAUUAUGUUCAAUCGAUGAUAAUUCAGUGCAUAAUAAUUCAUUAGGAUUACAUGAAAAUAAACAUAUAACAAGAAAUGAAGAUUUUAUAUAUUCUCCAAAUAAAAUGAAAGAAAUGGUUCCUCAUGAUAAUGAGCAGUUGAAAAAAAAGGAUAUAUAUAAAAAGGAUAUAUAUAAAAAGGAUAUAUAUAAAAACGAUAUGUAUGAAAACGAUAUGUAUAAAAACGAUAUGUAUAAAAACGAUAUGUAUAAAAACGACAUGUAUGAAAACGAUAUGUAUAAAAACGAUAUGUAUAAAAACGAUAUGUAUAAAAACGAUAUGUAUAAUUAUACUAUAAAUAAUUUGAAUUUUAUAGAUAAAAUAAAUAGUCCAAUUGUAACAAAUAAAAAUGUGGAUUCAGAAAGCACUUUGAAAAAUAAAAAUAAUAAUAAUAAUUAUGUAUAUAAUUUUUCCUUGGAUAAACAAUUAUUCGAAGCUCUAAACAAUCAUAAUGAAAAGAUACAUACGUACAACCCCCCAAAUGUACAUAAUAAUAAAGAACAGGAAGAUAGUGUCUCAACAUUUUGUAAAAAUAAUAUGUUAAAUGAGAAUAAAAAUGGAACUUAUAUGAAUAAUAAACAUUUUAAUAAUAACCAAGUGGAUAAUGAUAAUAAUAAAAAUUUACUUCAUCAUAAUAAUAUUAAUAGUAAAAAUAUUGAGAAUUUUUUGAAUGAAACUAAUGUACAAAAUGUUUUUAAUUCAAAUGAUAAUAUUUUAAAUUAUUUGAAAGGACAAGAAAAAAAUGAACAAGAAAAUCCAAAUGAAGAAAAAGAAGAAAGAGAUAUAUCAUCUGAAAAUAGAAAAAGAAUCCAAGAAAAAAAAAUAAGUUACAAUAAAUUUCAUAAUUUUGAUUUUGUAAAUAAUUAUGAUUUAUCUAUGUCAUCCAUAAUGAAUAAUAAAACUAAUAAUAAUAAAACUAAUAAUAAUAAAACUAAUAAUAAUAAAACUAAUAAUAAUGGUAAUAAUAAUAAUAAUAAUAAUAAUAAUAAUAAUAAUGAUAUUAAUAGUGUGAACAAAAUGAAUGAUGUCGUAGGAAAACUCGAUGGAAAUAUAAAUAAUAAUAACUACUAUCAAAAUAAAGAAGGUGAUUAUGAAAAAGAAAAAGAUAAAAGGGAAAUAAGUAUAAACGAAUUACUAAAUGACAGUAUGAAUAAUAAUAUGAUUAAUGGUAUACAUUUAAAUAAAUUUGAUGAAAAAAUGAUAGAUCUCAUUCUGAACAAUGGUAAUAAUAAAUAUUACCAAAAAGGAGAUGAUACUAAAGAUGGUAAAUUUAGUAAUGUUAUAAAUUUAAAUAAUAUUCAUUUAAAUGAUGAUAAUUCUGUAAAUAAUAAUAUGAAUAGUUCUAAUUAUAUGUUAUAUGAUGUUUUAUCAGAACAUAAUAAUAUGAAAAAUGAUAUACAAAAAAAUGAACAUUAUAAUAAUGGAUAUAAUAACAAACAAAAUAUGUCUCCCUCUAAUAAUUCAUUGAAUGAUCGUAAUAAUAAUUAUUAUAAAAUGGAUUAUCGUAAUAAAAAAAAUAUUAACGCAAACCGUAAUCUUACUAUGAACCUGCCUAACUUGAAUAAUAAUAAUAAUAAUAAUAAUAAUAUGAAAAUUUUGCCGAAUGGUAAUUUUGUGAAUAAUGAAAACGUGAAAGGUUUUUUUAAAACAAAUAAUGUAUCUAAUAAUAAUGAUAAUAAUAAUAAUAUGAGUAUUAAUAGUAACAAUAAAAAUAACAACAACAACAAUAAUAAUAAUAACAAUAAUAACAAUAAUAACAAUAAUAACAAUAAUAACAAUAGUAAUAACCGUAAUAGUAACAAUUUAAAUGACUAUCCUAUAGUUAUAGAUAAAAAUAACGUGAACGUAAAAAGGGAUAAUGCACAAAAUAAUAAUAAAAAGAUAAUGAUGGAUUUUGCCAAUAACAGAAAUAGCGAUCUAAAUUUUAAUGAGAAGAAUUAUAAUCUGAAAAAUUAUUAUAUGCCUAAAGAAACUAUAUACAAUGACAUAGAAAAUACAUUAAAUGAUAUAAAAUCAAAAAAUGAGUACAAUACAAUUAAUGAUAAUAAUAAUAAUAAUAAUAAUAAUAAUAUAUAUAGAAUGAAUACACCAAAUGUAAUAAAUUAUAACAAUAUGAUUGAAAAUGAGAAAAUAAAAAAUAAUAAACAUCAUCAUAAUCAAACACAUCAUAUAAGAAAUUAUAGUGAUAUGUCAAUAUCAAACAAUUAUGAUUUUAAAAUGAAAAAUCUUGGUAGUAAUAAUCAUAUACAUAAUGUGGGAAGUAAUAAUAUUAAUAUGGGUAGUAAUAAUAUCAAUAUGGGUAGUAAUAAUAUCAAUAUGGGUAGUAAUCCAAGUAAUUUAAAUAAUAAUAUGAAUAAUACAUUGAAUCAUAUGAACAACAAUCAUAAUAAUAGUAUAAAUACACUGAACAAUAUGAGUAGUAUGAAUAAUAACAAAAUGAAUCCACUAAGAAAUGUAGAUUAUAAUUAUGCCAAGAGCAUUUCAACUAGAUGUGCUUCAGAUGCUACCAUAGUAGAUACAUAUAAUAUGAAUAAUACUCCUUUGAAGGGAAAAAAUAAUGGAAAUCUUUCAAACUUUAUAGAUAAUCCAAAAAUAAUAGAUAAUAUUAACAAUAAUAAUAAUAUUAAGUGUGUUAAUAAAUUAAAUGAGGAUACUACUAAUAAUAGCAUAAUAGAAAAAUUUAGAGGAAAUGAAAAAAUGAAAUAUGAGAUGAAAAUACAAAAUAAUAAUAAUAAUAAUAAUUUCAAUCAUAAUAAUAAUCAUUAUAAUGUAAUUUAUGAAAAUAUGAAGAGUAGAGAUAAAAUGAAUUUUAAAUAUAAAAAUUUCAAUAAUAAUUAUAUGGAAAAUAAAAAUUAUAUUCCUUAUGAUGAAAGAGAUAAAAUAGAUAAAAAUGAAAAUAAUAAAUAUAUGGAUAAAAUGAAUAAUGUUCAUAUGAAACAUUAUAACAAUAAUAAUAGUAGUAAUUACAACGGUAAUAGUAAUAAUACUACAAAUAAUAAUAAUUAUUAUGGUAAUAAUUAUAAUAAUAAUAAUAAUAAUAAUAAUAACAACAACAACAACAAUAAUAAUAACAAUAAUAAUAAUAAUAAUAGUAGUAGUAGUAGUAGUGGUAGUGCAGCUGGAAUAAAAAAUAAUUAUCCAAAUAAUGAUGUGUCAGAUAACUUUUUAGUUAUUAAAAAGUAUACAGCUAAAUAUGAAGUACAAAUCGAUCCUUUUAAUGGGUUUGAUAUAGCCAAAAGAAUUAUAGGAUUGAAAGGUACUAACAUGAAAAAAAUAUGUAUCGAUACAGAUUGUAAACUUAGAUUAAGAGGUAGAGGUUCUGGUUAUUUAGAAGGAGAAGAAAAAAAAGAAGCAAAUGAAUCAUUACAUUUAUGUGUAUCUUGCCAAAAAUAUGAUCAUUAUAUACUAGCCAAAAAAUUAAUAGAACAAUUAUUAGUCAAAAUUUAUAUGGAUUAUGAUACUUGGUUAUUUAAUCAUGGAAAACCAUAUGCAAAUCUAAAACCUAAAACGUAUGAAAAAUUCAUACCAUUAUUUAAAUACCAACAAAAUUCAAAUCAAAAACAAAAUGUAAACCAAAAUUGA